UUACAGGAUACAGCAAGUCUGAGAUUUAAAAGCAUUUCGAUUUUGUCCUUUUCAUAAUUUCAUAUAUUUUCUUUGUCCUCUACGUCUUCUUGACUCCGGCUGUUGCUAAUCCUUCAGUCUGCUCAGAACAAAGGCGUCUUUGUUUUACGAACGUCGCACGUGCAUCCUUGUUGCCAGAUAAAAGACGUCUUUGUCCAUGGAAUUAUUUGCCAAUCGAUCCAGACGCUCCUUCACGAAAGAAUCCACCAUGUUGAAGUACUUAGCGCUGACAGCAAUACUCACUGUGGUUAACGGACACUUAGGCCACGCUCCUGCUGCCAUAACCUACAGUAAUCCGUCUUAUUAUCCGCAUUAUGGGCAUUCGAUAGCAGCACCAACUAUUGCGGCACAACACUCGGACAUUGUCAGAAAUUACGGAAAUCUUGGUAGUUUCUCUACAUAUAUGAGGACAGUCGACACGCCGUUUUCCAUAGCGAAGAAAUCGGAUUUCCGUACCGUCGAUUCGGGUUACAUGAGCGCGCAGACCCCAUCUUACAUUCAUAUGCCAGUAGCCGUUAGUGCGCAUGCGCCAACUUACUCCCCCGUUUAUGCCAAUGUACGGAAAAAUAUGGCUGCUCACGCACAAAUUUACGUUCAUGGACCAACUAAUGGAAUUUCUACACAUGUGCCUGUUUACAAUCACGGAUUACUGGGGAUGACUUAUUCACCUGCAACUGCAGUUUCUCACGUGGUCCCUGCACUUCCUCUGGGACUGAAUUACAGAUGGUAAUUCCGUGAAGCAUCAUAUUUCCUUUUGGAACUGAAUUACUUGGAGGCGGUAUUUAAAAAAAAUUUUUAUUUGUAACCUCGCUAAAAAAUAAUUAGAUGAUGGGUGAGAUUUGUUUGAGUGAAUUUUUUUAUUUUUUUAAAAAUUGUAUGCAUGUGCUACUCUAUGAGACAAUUGAUAUUAAAGUUAUCGAUAUAUGCGUCUUGUUGAAAUUAGUUUAGAAAUGGCAUUCAUUGGAUUUGGACAGCAUGCAUUGCGAAUUUACUGGACAGUGCGAAUUUUAAUAAAUCAGUUUGAAAAAUGUCACGAUAGUCUUAUAAUUGAAACGUUACUUGGGUAUGCAUGAAUUUAAAUUUUAUUCUACAUGAAAUCAUCUGAGUCAUCUUAUUCAUAAAUAAAUUCAUAUAUUAAAAACUUUUACUUUCAUUUUAGUUCUAUCCAUUUUUGCUUAUUAUCACAUACAAUGACAAAUAUAUAAUCUAGUUUUGUACUUAUUAUUGAAUUGUAUGCCUUUAUCAAUUAUGCUAAAUUUGUCAUUAAACUUUUGCAUCAUUCAAAUGUGUUUUUCUCUAGUAUUCUAUUUAAGUUUACCAAACAUUAGGACAACGGUGUUUCCAGGAUUUUACCAAAUACCGUUUUUUCCCCAUUCUUUUCAAUAAAGUGAUUGCGUCGUAGCCUUACGUACAAAUGUCAGCAUUUUAUCAUCCGACAUUGCCCGAAGGCAUUUCUGCUCCGCAGGCCGAAGGUAGCGAAAUGCGACUCAGUGUUCCUGUUUCAGAGAUGAAAGUAAAGAUUAAAAAAUUAAUUAGGCCCUCCGGUAUUGUUUCGUAGCUGAUUUUCGCUAUUUGAAAAUGAGAAAAUCGUAGUACAAUUGAUUGAAUGCUUAGAAGGAAGCAAUAAAUUAAAAUUUGAAUAACUUUUUAGAGUA